GGGAUUAUGUAAAUUCACAAAAUCAGUCAUUUUCUGCUUGUAAAUUAAUAACUUCUAUCAUCCGUUUCAGAGUAGCUUUCCUUUCCCAUUAAAAUAUUGUCUUUAACCUCCAACGGCAUCAGAGCGUGAAAAAGCCAACAAGAAAACAGAGGAGUUUUGAGAGUAGAGAUUGUGGAAUUGAUCUGAAAAUGGCAAAUUCUAACUCUAAACCCUUCGAUUCUAAAACCCUAAUUUUUUCAUUUUUAUUACUAUUAGCAGUAUUACUAUCAUUUGCUCCAAGUCCUGUUCUCUCCAAAUCUCGCCGCCCCAUCUCUGAUUCUGAGAUUAGAGAAAAGAAGAACGAGUGCUAUGCUGAUAUCGAGAGUGGAUUGUGGGGUUGGCAAUGCAAGUCUUCAGUGAUAGCGAAGGAGAACUGUGUUUUACAAUGCCUUUCUCCACCUUGUUAUGAGCUUGUCUACGAGAGUGAUCCGCUUGAAGAAGGGGAGAAAGAUUUUACCAGGAGCCAAGAGUACAAGUAUUGUAUGCACAGGUUAUCAUUGGGAGAGAGCCUCGAUGGUGUGAAGGGUUCCUUUGACUAUUAAAACUUGUAAGAUGACAGCAAUCUAGUGUGCUUGUUGUACCUUUUUCCCUUGGAUCCCCUUUCUCCUCCCCCAUAGAAUAAAAAGAAAUUAAACCCAAAAACAAUCUCCUUUGAGUGUUCAAAUGGUGAUUACUCCUUCAGAAGCUGUGCUGUUGCCUGCCUCCUUUGCCUUUCUGCAUGAAGAAUUCGCAGGAGAAGUAAUUGAAAUGGUGUGCUGAUGACCCUUCUUUCAAAAUUAGUGAUGUGUGAAGUGUUUAAACUAAUCAAUGCAAUUAGCAGUGCAAAUCAGAUCCAUAUUCUGUCUGAACCUUGUAAUCUCUGCAUAAUUCCCCUGUUUUUAACCAACAGAUACAGUUUUAGUCUCGGUUUCAUUCUCUUAGCUAUCAAAGAAGGAUCAGGGUUCAGAGUGUACUUGAAUGAGGUGACAGAAAAAUUCAUUCAAUCAAGUUGGUCUUGAACUUAACUUUGAGUUGAA